GGCGGGGCGGGGCCGCGCCGCGCGCGCCCGCCCGCCCGUUGCAGCUCCCAAGAUGGCGGCGAGCAGCGCGGUGGGGGCGGUGGCGCGCCGUUCCGGGAGGUUCUUCGAAAUCUUCGUGGCUGAUGUUCCCUGGACGGUAUCGACUAAGGAGCUGAAGGAGUACUUCUCCCAGUUCGGGUCGGUGCAGAGGUGCCAGCUGCCGUUUGACAGAGAUACAGGCUUUCACAAACGUUACUGCUGGAUUAAAUUCUCAACUCCAGAAGAUGUCCAGAAUGUCUUUCAGAAGGACUCCCACGUACUUGAAGGUGCCAAGCUCACUCUCAAACAACAGUCCUAUAGAAGACGCAGUCAAAGAAAGAAAGGAAGAGAAUGAGCGGUGGAAGGAGGCUUUAUUUCACUAAAUGUAAGGAAACUAAAAUAAAGAUUACUGAGAAACUA